CUGCCGAGCGCGCUGGCGGCGUAUGCGCACUACGCCGGCCUUAUCGGCGUCGUCGGCGCUCUCGUCACGGAGCGCAUCACGCUCAACGAGGACAUGAGCGACGACGAGUUCGACCGCCUCGCGAACGCGGACAUCGCCUACGGCGUCGCCGGCGUGCUCGUGCUCGUCUCGGGGUACGAACGUGUCACGCAGUACGGCAAGGGCUGGGACUUUUACGCGCACGAGCCCAUCUUCUGGUGCAAGAUGGUGCUCUUCGCGAUCAUGGGCUCGGCCUCCUACUUCCCGACCAUCAAGAUCGUGCAGCACGCGAUCGCGAAGAAGGAGGCGACGGAUCGGGGCGAGUCCAUCCCGCCGCCGUCGCCGGCGCUCGUCAAGCGGAUGACGUCCAUCGUCAACGCGGAAUUGCUGGCCAUCGCGUCAAUCCCGCUCGCGGCGACGCUCAUGGCGCGCGGCGUCGCCUACGCG